AUGACAGGUCUCCUGCGUCGGCCGCAUGACUUUCGCUUGUUGAGAUAUGCUUCUGUUAGUACAAAAGCUCACCUCCUGUGUGGUACUUCUCAUCAACCCUUACCGCAGCAGGUGGUCGAGGUUAACGAGGACGAGACGAGCGUGUGUGUUCGGGACGCUGAAAGACCAAACAAAUCGAUCGAGUGUGCAUUCGACAAAGUUUUUGGCUGUAGCUCAUCCCAGGACGACAUCUUCCGCGGGCUCGUGCCUGCAUUGGACACAGUCGUUAAGGGUUUCAACGCCUGUGUUCUUGCGUACGGCCAGACAGGAUCCGGAAAGACCCACACACUAAUAGGACCUGGCGGCGGCACACGACUCGCGGACGAUCAGACGGAAUGGGGCAUCAUUCCCCGAGCAGUACAGUUCCUGUUCGACCGCCUCAACCUCGAAUCGGAAGAGGAUGAGACCUUCUCUUACUCGGUGACGUGCUCUUUCCUGCAGAUCUACAACGAAAACUUAGUCGACCUCCUCCUUCAUAGCGGAGGAGCAGCGGGAGCCGCGCCCCUCCAAAUCAGGGAAGAGGCCGGAGGAGGGGACCGAGGGGGAAGAGGCGGAGGGGGGGGGCACAGGAAUAGUGUUUCUAGUGGUGGACGACGUCCAUGGAGUAAUGAGAGUAGUCGUGGUGGAGAAGAUGAGACUGGUGGUAUGAAUGGGGAAGACGUGCUUUUUGGCGCCGGCUACGGUAAAAAAAAUCGCGCAAGUCCUGUUCCGAAGGGAGGAAAAGCGAACGUGUUCGUCAACGGGCUUUCGUCGUUUCGAGUUGGAGGAGCGCAGGACGUGCUACACUACGUGAACCUUGGCGCUGCCAACAGGCGAGUGCGCGCCACGCAGCACAACGAGGCGAGCAGCAGAAGCCACGCGGUGAUGCAGCUUACAGUGGAAGUGAAGAGUGGGGGGCGGGGCGGCGAAGAGGGCGGUGGUGGUGCCAGCGACCACAUAACGUACCGGCAGGCCAAGCUCAGCUUGGUCGAUCUCGCGGGGUCUGAAAAGAUGGACUCAGCACUGAGCAUCUCGAAGGGACACUUCAAGGAGCUACGCAGCAUCAACCAGAGCCUGUCCACGCUAGGAAACGUCGUGUCCGCACUAUCGGAGAAGGGGAGGACCCACGUGCCGUACAGGGACUCCAAGCUCACGAGACUCUUGCAGGACUCUCUGGGCGGGAACACGAGGACCACAAUAAUCGCGUGCAUUAACCCUCUCGCUGGGCAGACCCACGAAACGAUAAACACUCUUCAGUUCGCCGACCGCGCCAAGAAGGUGAUGGUGCGUCUACGGGCGAACGAGGUCGUUGACGACAGGGUGCUGCUGGCCCGAGCCCGAGCCGAGAUCAAGCGCCUGAAGAAGCGACUCCGCGAAGCCCUCGAAGGGACACUACUUGGUACGGCUGCAGAAGACGACAAUAACGAUGGACACUGUCCUAACGAAUCCAGCCGAAGUUGCCACAACCACGACAGAAACGGAACACCCGAGGAAACGAAACCUUGCCCGGAAACUGUUGACGACGUUAGCCCUGGUGGUGCUGGUGAUGGGUCGGCAAGAGGAGUCAAAGAGGAGGGUGAUAAAGGACACUCCAUGACGACAUCGGCGGUGUCCAACAACGCAGCAGCGCGAAGGAGGAGCGCAAGUCCGAGUAAGGCGGCGGCAGCGGUGCCUUCAACGGCGUUACGUCUUCCGAAGUUUCGGAAGAGGCAGUUCGCUGUGGACGGAGGCCGAGGACAAGACUCGGGAGGUGAAGGCGAGCCUGUAGAGGAUGCGCUCACGGCGGAGGAGGUUCGGGUUAUUGUUAGCAACAGCGCGGAGGCCGAAGGGGCGUCGGGCUCACCGGAGCAAAAGGAGGAGGAGGAGGAGGAGGAGCAGGAUGCAGAGGAAGCGAAGCAGCUCGCCAUGUUUCGUCGCGAGAUCCAAGAAGGUGUAGUCAGCGGAAGCUUGGUAAAACGAGGUGGUGGGGGUGGAAUAGGGCGAGGAACAGCAACCGUCCCGGUAAAGAGCGGGGCUGCCGCAGGGGUAGAUGGCGACGGCGACAACGACGGCGACAACGUCAACGGAAACCCUGACGAGCAGGCAGAUAUAGAAGUUUUUAUAGAUCAAUCUCAGAGGCUCGAGGACUUGAUGUUCGAGGCCCAGGGCAGAGAAAGGCGCCGGCUUCGUGGUACGAUUGAACCGAGGGUCGGGCGGUUUCCUCCGACGCCAUCACCCCGCACCAAUGCAAACGGAGGCCAACCAGCGGAUGCAAAGAUGAAAGUUCAGCAACUCCAAGAUCAGCACGAAGAUCGACGAGGACAACAACGACGAUCACCGCCGUGUUACGACGGAGCCCUCGCAGCACCAGACACGUGCAGCUUGAUGGCGACGGUGGCACAACCUGUCCUCCGGGCACUUGUAUCGAAGGAGAAGGGUAUCAGCAUCAACGUCGGGGACGACAAUGGUCCAGUAAGGACCGGCUGGGCAGACCAAUCCAGUAGAACGACAAGGGAAACUCAUUCGAUCACAAACGUCGACCCCACCCCCACCCCCACCCCUGCCACCACCGCAACCACCACGGCGAUGAUGAUGGCGGCCGUGCUAGCAUCCCCUGAAACAACAACAGACGGUUGCGAGAUUAAUGACCCCCACAGACGAGCGAGCAGCACCAACAACAGUGGUAUCAACGACAAUUCUGCGGUGGAGGCGUUUGCCGGGGAAAGGGUGCAACGAGUGGUGCCCGCGAUCAACCCCCCCCUCGAGCGACGGCGGCGGCAGCGGCAGACCGGAACUCGGAAUCAGUCCCCGAUUCCCUCGUCGCCAUCGUCCUUGCACGGUCACCCCUUCCCGUCCCCGAGUGUGCAGCGCCGGCGACCGGCGACCAGCACGGGAGGGCCGCCCACCGGCAGGAACAGAGCAAGGUCGAACUCACGGAGAAUCUACCGCAGAAAAGUAGGAGGUUCCAGGUCCCCUGUGCGAGGAAAGCCGUCGGCGUUUUUAGAGCCGGCAUCUCCUCAGGUGGGACCACACGACGGUGGCGGCGAGGAACAUGGGCCACGGCGGCGCCAGCAAGGGAAGGUGGGAAGUGGCGGUGGUGGUAGCGGCGGUGGUUCCUCGGCAACAAAGGUUGUUGCAGCGACGCAUCCACGUCUCGCACGAUCAUCGCCAGAGCAAAAACAGAGGUCUGGUCAGGAGUUCCUCGGGGCCGAUGCCGACGAUCAGAGGAAGAAGGGCCUUUCGUACAGUGUGGCGGAUCUAGGGCUGCGACUGAAGGUGUAUUCCUUUCGCUACGACCACUACUACGAGUGCCAGGUUGUUGGAUACGACUCAAGGCGGAGGAUGCACAGAUGCGCGUACGACGCGACGGGCGAAAAACAGUGGCAUGACCUCGCGAGCAAGCGCUUCGAGGUUGUCGGUCAGAACGGAGUGAUCGUCCGCAGCACCGAGAGCGCGCCACCAGCACCGGCGAGCUUUGCAACGACUGCAACCAACGCUACACCAUCGCUGCCUCUACCGACGUCUCCAAGCAAUAUUGUGGGUGCCAUAACCAGAGAAAGUGGUGGUGGACACGGCGCACCCGGACGGAAGGACAUGAUUAAGAUGUACCAGUAG